AUGACCGGUAGGUUUGCCAUUUUCAUUCGAUACUGUUCCUUAAUACGUGCUAUCAAGCUUAUGCCAUUCUUUCGAAAACAGAUCUUAUAAUAGGCUACACCCCUCUGAGUGUCUGAUCUUUCGAAUAUCGUCAUCAGAAGGAUUUCAAUGUCAAUGUUUUCUUGCAUUUUAUUUCGAAAGGGAACUAGCUUUCCUUUUCAAAAAAUGAAUGAAAUGUAGGUCGAGUUGAACAUUUGAAGUUCCAUCUCAUGUGGUUCUUCAAAAGAACUGACAGCUUACGCAACAUCAAGUUUCUUUUCUAAUCCCCCCAAACUUCUUCUUCAUCUUCUUCUUCAUCUUUUUCAGUCUCUUCGAAAUCUUCUCUCGAUUGUGAUUUCUCCGAAGAUUGCUGUUGGGCAACGACUAGGGAAGAAGAACAGUGGGAGAUCAGAAGUGGCGAUGAGUUGGAUUUGAACGAGUUCCGGAAGAUAUUCCUGACCGGAAAGAGCCGUCCCCCUCCGACUGGGAACUAUGCGGUCCGUGUCGAGAACAAAAAGAAGUCGUCUCUGAUUUCGUGUGCCGUUUGCAGUUCCACCGGUCAGACGACCGUCAAGUUCAGGUACUAAUAAUGAGCAUAAUCCAAUCAGAAUGAGAGGUAGCCGAUUCGAUAUCCGUUUCGUUUCGACACGCGUCGUUUGCCACCGACACCGAGGGUGACACGAAGCGGAACGGAGGUUCGGAGACGGAUGCGUGCGAAGAGAUUUCCUUUCAGGCACUGGCAGAGUGCGAACGCAAUGCUCAAAAUCUGCUGGCAGCUGGAGGGAGACGGCAGUCCGACGACGGAGAACUGCCAGGUGGCGAGACAUUCAAAACAGAGUCGGCUGAAUACGUACAAGUUCAUAGACAUUGACAAGAACAAGAAUUUCCGUGUAAGUGGCCUCCGCUCCCAGGCGAAUCAACAAAUUGGAUGAUUUCAGUUGGUGUUGAUCGUUGAGAACGCGGAUGCUGAAAUGGAUGCGGGACACGAAGCCACCAUUAUCGUUGACCGAAUUUCCGUCGACUAUGACUCAUGUGAUCAGGCGGCUACUCAUGACGUUGAGGGUAUUGUGGCCAAGAAGAAGACGAGGCACAGUAAGACCCGGCAGGUGAAUAAGAGCCGCGUGAGCAAUGAGCUGAGCACAUUCAUUUCAGAAGGCACGCUCAAGUUUGACAUUGGAUAAAUUGGCGCAGAAGGAUUUGAGGAUCAAGGAGAAACUGAAGACAGAAGAGGACAAACAGGUGCCAUUAACCUUUAUAAACUAUUGUAAUUGGAAUCAGUUAUAGGCAUACCUCAAGAAUGUCGAUCAGCAAAUCGCUAGAGUUGUGGAUGAAGUGAAUGCAAAACGUAGGUUCUAUUCCUUUUCAGAUUAACAUGGGAAAUCUUCAGAAGCCGUCGCCGUCGCCGCUUCAUCUUCCGCCAAAACGAUUGUUCCGGCUCCUCCUAAAGCACCAGUGGAUCGUAAGUUUUUCAUCUUACACCUUUGACAACUUACCUUUGUUUGAAGCAUUGACUGAUCUUCUCGGAAGAGAAUUCGUUGACUUCCUGGAUCCCAACUAUGAAUCGAAUGACGAAGAAGAUGCGGACGACAAAGAUUUCGACAAUGUAAGUAUACAAUGCCUGAUGAUGCACUCGAAAACCAUAAAGUUGAUUGCAGAAGGAAGUGAAGACGACGUCCCCAACAUCCCCAGCGCCUCCAGCUCCAACAGUCACCGGAGCGCCAGUUGUGGCAACAACGAAACAAGCGGUGAAGAGAGUGGAAACAUCGAAGAAGUCAAUUGACACGAAUGGACAGCCGGUACUUUUCUUAACGCAUUUCCUCGUACAUUACUGUCAACUUCUUUUUUAGCUGAACAACAAGAAGUUGCAGCCAGUCGAGCACCUCCCAAUUCGACCCAUCACCACUUCUGAGAGUGUUAUCAAACUGUUGCCGAAGGGAAAACCAAUGCAAGUGCAGCAGCAGAAUGGAGUUUUCAGCCUUCCUUCGCAACAGAAUCAUCAGUGAGCAUCACUUCCAUUUUGUAGUUAUUCUUGAACUCUUUCAGAGUUCCACUGGGUAUUCCAUCAACGUGCUCAACUCGAGGAGGAUGUCUCUUCGAGAAAGAUUUCUGCGGAUGGACGACUCCCGCUGGAGUGAAUAACAGAUUCCAUUUAAAGAAAGGUUAGUACAUUCAAGAGAAUCCAUUCGAAUUUGAACUGUUUCAGUGCACAUGUCCAGUUUCGCAGAAGCCAUCGUUCCAACCGGCGAGAUAGCCGUCAUGGAGACUGACACGAAAAUGACGCAGGCACACACGGUAAGGUAUUUCUAUUGUCGUCAGUGUUUUUUCAAAAAACACGAGUUCUAAGUGUUCAAAAAUUACUUUUGUAAUUGGAGAUCUAAUCAGAACUAAUUGAUCUCUAAACGUUUCUGAACUAUUCUUGAGGUUUCAGGUAAUCUUCGACGCUCUGGAGUUUUCGCUUGGAACUCGGCUGAUUGCCUGUUGCCUGUCCGGCGGUCAAUUGACUUGUCCGUUCGCGACGCCUUCGGAACAGACCGGAAUCCUGUGGCAGUUCUCCAAAUUCGAGUGCCCUGUAAGCACUUCCAAGGUACCGUUUCCUCCGCUCCUUGUGUUCUGAUCCUUCCCAGUUCAGAUCGCAUUCAUCUGCGAGAACUUCGGUCUGACCGAAAGUAUUUGCGCGGUCGACAACAUUCGAAUUCACACUUCGACGGACGUUUUCUUCCUCGAAGCAUGCCAAAAGGACAAAUUGCAUAGGAACUGA